GCCAUCGCCGCCAUGGAGCCCGAGCGGCUGCGGCGCCGCCUGAGCUCCGCGUUCCGGCUGCGGGGGCUCGUCCUGCGCCCGGAUGCCCUCAAGUAUCUCACUGAAGCUUUCCAGUCUACCAGUGAGGGAGAACUUGAUGAAAUAAUUGAAAAUGUCAUCGAUGCAGUUGAAAAACAGCCUUUGUCAUCCAACAUGAUUGAGCAGCCCCUGGUGGAAGCAGCAGUCCAGGAAUGCAGCCGUGCCCCGGAUGAGGCCAUAGAAAAUGUUUUCAACAUUAUUGGAGCCUUUGACAUCCCACGUUUUAUUUAUAAUUCAGAAAGAAAGAAGUUCCUGCCCCUGUCCAUGACUGACCUGCCCAGGCCGAGUUUGUUUGGGACUGCCCGGGACAAGGCGGAGCUGUUCCGGGAGCGCUACUCCAUCCUGCAGCAGAGGACUCACAGACAUGAGCUGUUCACUCCUUCACCAGUGGAUGCUCAUCCUGAUGAUAGCAAGAACAAAUUCCAGCUGAAGACAGUGGAGACUCUCUUGGGCAGUCCAGCUAAGGUGGGAGAAGUGAUUGUGCUGGGGAUGAUCACUCAGCUCAAGGAGGGGAAGUUUUUCCUAGAAGACCCCACAGGAGUGGUGCAGCUAGACCUCAGUAAAGCACAGUUCCACAGUGGGUUAUACACUGAAUCCUCCUUUGUUCUGGCAGAAGGCUGGUAUGAAGAUGAAGUUUUCCAUGUGAACGCUUUUGGAUUUCCGCCCACUGAGCCUUCUGCUACCACGAGAGCCUUCUAUGGGAACAUCAACUUCUUUGGAGGCCCUUCCUCAACAUCAGUGAAGGCUUCUGCCAAGCUGAAGCAGCUGGAGCAGGAGAAUGAGGAUGCCAUGUUUGUGUUUGUGUCUGAUGUGUGGCUGGACCAGGCAGAGGUGCUGGAAAAGCUUCACAUGAUGUUUUCAGGUUAUUCCUCUGCACCUCCCACCUGCUUUUUCUUCUGUGGAAAUUUUUCAUCUGCACCAUAUGGCAAAAAUCAAAUCCAGUCCCUGAAAGGUUCUUUGAAGGCUCUGGCAGAUAUUAUAUGUGAAUAUCCCAGCAUCCACCAAAGUAGCCGAUUUGUGUUUGUCCCUGGUCCUGAAGAUCCUGGGCCUGGUUCCAUUUUACCAAGACCUCCCCUGGCUGAAAAUAUCACUCAGGAAUUCAGACAGCUGGUGCCAUUUUCAGUUUUCACCACAAAUCCCUGCAGGGUUCAGUACUGCACCCAGGAAAUCAUUAUUUUCCGGGAAGAUUUGGUCAACAAAAUGUGCAGGAACUGUGUUCGCUUCCCAAGCAGCACCAUGGACAUUCCCAACCAUUUUGUGAAGACCAUUUUAUCCCAGUUUGUGAAGACCAUUCUGUCGCAGGCCCACCUGAGCCCGCUGCCCCUGUACGUCAGCCCCGUGUUCUGGGCCUACGAUUACUCCCUGAGGGUUUAUCCCCUGCCAGACGUGCUGGUCACAGCUGACAAACACGACCCCUUCAGUGUCACCAGCAGCGAGUGCCUCUGCAUCAACCCCGGCUCGUUUCCCAGAAGUGGAUUUUGCUUCAAGGUGUUCUACCCCUCCAACAAGACAGUUGAAGACAGCAAGCUUCAAGGACUUUGAAUUUCUGUGGCACUGAAAAAAGGCAGUGAACCCAUGGGAAGCCAGCUGUAUUUUUUUUUACAUGCCUUAGUUUUGUGAUGUAUCAUGAACUUUUUAUAAAAAAUGUCAAAGUCAAAACCGAUUUGUUUUGUACACAAAUAAACUUUUACAGGAAAAGGCA